CCGGGCAUGCGCGCUUCCCCAACACGACCAGUGGAGAUACACGCGCGACCCGGAAGGCCUUCCCGCAACAAUCCAGAGCGGGCGUGAGGGGGGGCUGAUGGCGGAGGGAGCGGCGGAGGCUCCAGCAGAGAGUGGUAGUGGUGGCGGCCCACGAGCCAGCGAGCCGGAACGGGGGGUGGCGCCCAUUAAACCUCAAUACCUCACCACCAAGGAGCAGUUCCAUGAAUUCCUGGAAGCCAAAGGGCAGGAGAAGCCCAGCCAGGAAACCAAGGCAGGAGACCCUGGUGGCAAUGACCUGCCUGAGCCUGAGGCCAAGCGGAUCCGACUGGAGGAUGAGCAGACAGAGGAUGGGCAGCCAGAGGAGACAGCUGAGCCUGGGGAGCAGCCUCAGGCUCGGAAGAGGGCCCGGGGUCAGAACAAGGGCCGGCCCCAUGUGAAGCCCACCCACUAUGACAAGAACAGGCUGUGCCCCUCCCUGAUCCAGGAAUCGGCCACUAAAUGUUUCUUUGGGGACCGCUGCCGCUUCCUGCACGACGUGGGCCGCUACCUGGAGACCAAGCCAGCUGACCUGGGCCCCUGCUGUGUGCUCUUUGAGACCUUCGGCAGGUGCCCUUAUGGCGUCACCUGCCGCUUUGCCAGGGCCCAUCUGGGGCCCGAGGGCCAGAAUCUGGUGCAGGAGGGGUUGGUCCAGGCCCCGCCUGUCCGCAAUGGCCUGGACAAAGCCCUGCAGCAGCAGCUGAGAAAACGCAAAAUCUGCUUUGAGCGUGCAGAGCAGGCCCUGCGCCAGCUGGGCAAGGGCCAGUUGCCAGGCCCUGCCUCCUCUGCCACUGUCCCUGAGACCACAGAGGCUGAAGGUGCCCCAGGGCAGGCCAACUGUGACGCCCAGCAGGCCCCCCAGGAGCCGGGCAUCGUUGUCACUCCCAGUGGCCCUUUAAGGACCUGUGGGCCUCUGACAGACGAGGAUGUAGUCAGGUUGCGGCCCUGUGAGAAGAAGCGGCUGGACAUCAGUGGCAAACUGUACCUGGCCCCGCUCACCACGUGUGGGAACCUUCCCUUCCGGCGGAUCUGUAAGCGCUUUGGGGCCGAUGUGACGUGCGGGGAGAUGGCUGUGUGCACCAACCUGCUGCAGGGCCAGACGUCUGAGUGGGCGCUGCUCAAACGCCACCCAUGCGAGGAUGUCUUUGGCGUCCAGCUCGAGGGCGCCUUCCCUGACACCAUGACCAAGUGUGCCGAGCUGCUGAACCGCACCGUUGAGGUGGAUUUCGUGGACAUCAACGUCGGUUGCCCCAUUGACCUUGUGUACAAGAAGGGCGGGGGCUGCGCCCUCAUGAACCGCUCCGCCAAGUUCCAGCAGAUCGUCCGCGGCAUGAACCAGGUGCUGGAUGUGCCGCUGACGGUGAAGAUUCGCACGGGCGUCCAGGAGCGCGUGAACCUGGCUCACCGGCUGCUUCCCGAGCUGCGGGACUGGGGGGCGGCGCUGGUCACGCUCCAUGGCCGCUCACGGGAGCAGCGCUACACCAAGUUGGCCGACUGGCAGUACAUCGAGCAAUGUGUGACCGCAGCCAGCCCCAUGCCCCUUUUCGGAAAUGGGGACAUCUUGUCGUACGAGGAUGCCAACCGCGCCCUGCAGACUGGUGUCGCUGGGAUCAUGAUUGCCCGCGGUGCCCUGCUCAAGCCAUGGCUGUUCACGGAGAUCAAAGAGCAGCGGCACUGGGACAUCUCCUCGUCCGAGCGCCUGGACAUCCUGCGGGACUUCACGCACUACGGCCUGGAGCACUGGGGCUCGGACACACAGGGCGUGGAAAAGACCCGUCGCUUCCUCCUUGAGUGGCUGUCUUUCCUGUGCAGAUACGUGCCCGUGGGCCUGCUGGAGCGGCUUCCACAGAGGAUCAACGAGCGGCCACCCUACUACCUGGGCCGUGACUACCUGGAGACGCUCAUGGCCAGCCAGAGGGCGGCCGACUGGAUCCGCAUCAGCGAGCUGCUGCUGGGACCCGUGCCGCCAGGCUUCAUCUUCCUGCCCAAGCACAAGGCCAACGCGUACAAGUAGCCGUGGGGGUGGGAGGGGCAUCUGAGCGCCCAGCCAGUCUCACCCUCACCCUGUGUGCGAACACAAUAAAUUUUAUUCUUUUAAAACCCCA